AUGACCAGUGGCAUGCUCCAAGAGACCGUUCAAACGUCGCCGUCGGGGUCGGCCCCUCGCUUUCGACCGUUCGCAAGUCCAAACCACCAUGUAACGAAAGGGCGGUAUAUCACGAGUAACGACCCUAGAGGUUAUAUACCCGUCUAUGAGUACCCUCUCAACGGUCAGUGGAUCAUGAUGGACAUCGAUGAUGGGUAUAUUUUGUGGACGGGGAUAUGGAAAGCUCUCGGUAAUUCGAAAGCCGACAUAGUCAAGAUGAUCGACUCGCAACCUGAUCUGGCGCCUCUCAUCCGUCGGGUUCGUGGAGGGUACCUGAAAAUUCAAGGUACAUGGAUGCCGUAUGAGGUCGCCCUCAAGCUCUCUAGAAGGGUAGCAUGGGCAAUUCGUGAAGACCUUAUUCCACUAUUUGGACCCACCUUUCCAAGCACUUGCUUGUCGCCUGACCAGCCAGGAUACGGGCAAGUGGUCCCUACUGGCCAAAACCGGCGGCGGGCGCGCCGAUCCACACAAUCCUCUAUCAUGCAGAUGCCUCGCGCUCCUGCGGGCUGGACGGUCGUUACCCCCAGCUCGAACUCUGCGCGGGAAGCCCUGCCGCCCCUUCAUCCUGUCAGCGCGAGGUCGGCAGAUUACCCCAUGGCGUCUCCUUACUCGUCGCACCCACACAUACGGAGCGGGACACCGUCCGACCUACACCACAUACCGCCUCUCCAAAAUCCGGUCGAUAUGCACCUCUCGAGCUCGUCAAUGGUGCACGACUCUCAUCGCUUCGGCAGUGGCCCGUACAGUGCCCCACCACCGUCGUCCUUCCGCAAACCGGCGUCAACGUCGCCGGGCAAACCUGGUCUUAUGCUCGACAUCCACUCGCUCUCCAUGCGAGAUGGACCUCACGAACCACCGCACCCAAAAGAAGAUUUCAGGCUACCGCCAAUACAGGCGGCUGACGGUGGCAGUCCGACCCACUCGCCGUACGCCUUGCCACCGAUAUCGGCCAUGGAAGAUUUGAGGGGCACGGUCACUCAGGACUCGGCUGCCGUUCUGCGGCGGCUACGCAUGGACGACGACGAGUAUCCUAGGGCAGGAAAGCAUAUCGAUGGGCUCUCAUGGGGUAGACGCCAUUCCUUGUCUGUCCAUCCUUCUUCAUCACGGUCCCUAGACACCUCUCCUCGCUUCCAGCCGUACACAAUGCCCCGUUCGUUCCAGGACCACUCGAUGUACCGCGGACGUUCCCCGUCGACGGCCCCAGUAUACGGCUACCCGCGCGCAAGUGGCUCAAGGAGCGAACUUCCUCGUAACGCGUACUCAGACGCCUCGCACGAAGGUGACUCAACGUCCAACCCCUCGCCCACCUCUCCUACUACCCCCAACUCGCUUUCAGAAAGCGAGCACACACGCUACACGGGUGGGAGCGUCGUUCGCGGAAAACCCUUCCCUUCUUUCACCGUUGACCGCCUGGGUCAGGACCGUGCUCCUGCCCAUGCUAACCCGGAUCCACACAGUUUGUCGGUGUCUGACACCAUCUCCGUCCGCCGCAACUCGUACGAUGUCCAGAGCGACAAUGACUCGCACCAGCCCCACCGCCCGUGGUAA